UUUCCGGCGCGGCGAAUAAGCGGCCGGCCGGCGUCGGGGGUAGGCGAACGGGCGGCUGCGCACCCUCUCUAGGGGGGUGCCGGCUCCGUGCCAGCCAGUCUCGCGUCGAGCACCGUUCACCUCGCACUUGGUCCACGAUUGCUUCUUCACUUACGCUUGAACACCGUCUUUCAAGAAGCAAGAAGACACGAUGGCCUUCAUUCGAGCCAGCACUGCUUGCCUCCUCCUGGCGAUCCUGGCAGCAUCGCGAACUUCCGGCUUCCCGCAGACGCCGAGCAGCACCACGAGUCGGCACUUCUUUCGCGGCAAGCAAGUCCCCAGCCUGGGCGGAGAUCCUCUAGAGGAGGAGCUGCACAGGCUGCGAGUACAAGGCCAGCCGUCGGUUGAGAGCCAAACGGCCGCUUUCAACGGCGCAGCAGAAGCUGAAAGGGCUCGAGUGGCAACGCAGAAAUCGCUUUAUGAAGGUUUCGGCUUGCCCCUCGAGGAACAGUUGGAGCGAGCUGGCGAGAAAAACGCGCGCUUCGUGACUGAGCCGGAGCACUCGGCCGACGAGGAGGAAGCCGGCCGAGAGGAAGAGAGCAGCGCCGACGAGUCUAGCUCUGAAGAGGACGACGAUGACAACAACGAAGAGUACCAAAAUUCUGAGGAUGAGGACUCGGGCAGCCUACCCAGCACGAGCGUGCCCUUUGUGACCUCGGGGCCGUCUCAAAGGGCCCACCAGCAUUCCAGGGCUAGCGAUAAAGGAAACAAUUACAACUGGCAGCAGCAAGCGAUACAAAACGGCGCUCCCCAGAGUGGAAACGCUGAUGAUGAAACCGGAGAGCGCCUUUUCAGAAUGAUGGUCGAUCUGGCUGAGCAUCCGACGCAGUGGCAAAAAGUUCAUCAGGAAUUGCAACAACUGGACAAGGAAUUGGUGACCGCCCACCAACUGACCAUUACGGCAAAUACUUCUUCAAACGCCCCAGAGACGCGAGAUAAGGCUGUACCCGCGAGACCCCCUAACCGGAGACACCCUAACCUGAGGCUGAUACCCCACAUUCCCGACUCGUUGCUCCUGGAAAAUGAAAUGGAUAGGGCGCGCGACAGAUACUCAACGACCACCACAACAUCAACCACCACAACCACCACGACGGCAAAACCAACCACGACUGAGCCGAUUACGAUCGCAACGAAAACGACCAGAACACCGUCCUUUGAUAAUGGGUCUGAGCAGGGGCAUCACGGCCCAAAGCACUGGCCGCAAUUCGUGUAUCACCGAGUGACGUCAAGUCCGUUCAGUGAUCAUGGGACAAGUUCAUCUCAUGGACAUCAUUCAAACGCUUUUGUAGCUGUAUCUGAUGUAACUCCUCCGAAGCUCAGAGGAAAAUUGACUAAAGAAGCCGAACCACAGGUUGCUUUACACUCUUUGUUGGAGAUGGUAGAUCAAGAGUCCAGAGUGAAGGCGCGACCCCCUUUGCACAGACUCUCGUCCGCUGGUGCCCCCGCCAGCCCCAGUUCGCUAGACGAUCCUGAGUCUGCUGUGCCUGCCCAUGCUUUCAUUGACGAGGAGGAGCUAGAAAUCGAACGGCUUCUCAAGUCGCCACCCUUGGAAGGCGCUUGGGACCACCAGAGAAACAAGGACUGGGUCAGAGAAAAGUUGACGCUACUCGAACGGUUGCACUCGCAUCUGAAGCAGAAGUGGCAAAUCGAUGACACUGUCGAGAUACCGGAGCAAGCGACGCCCCCCAAAAACCACCCCCAAAGUGCCCACAGCCUUCAUCACCCCCAGUCACCCGUGCGGCGCCAGUGACUCUCAUCGAGUUGAUCACGCAAACUCUGACCUGAGGACCAAUAGACUUGAGAUAAUUAUAUGAACGCUAGUUGGCAAAAGCAGCAUUCUAGGAGGCGCGUUUUCUCACAAUAAUAUAAUGUCUAAGAAUUGAAACAUAUACACACACACUGCGAAUUUAGAUACCAAAAUUUUUUACUUAUGGACAUAUAUAUUUUGGAAAGGAAAAGCAAGUCAAAGUAUUCAUUAAAAUCUAGUCACAGGUAGCUGCCUCACCGGCAAGUAUCUGGCGAUUUCGUGCGUGAGCCACUUCUUGGAGGUGUAAAAAAUAUAUUGAAUGUUGUACUAAAAGCAUAAAUAUAUAAUAUAAAUAAAUCCUGACAACAUACGAAAAAGACGCUCACCGCCGUAAACUGAAAAUUAAACUGUUGAAUAAAACUCAUUGUUGAACACGCAAGUAGAGAGAGUUGUAGGAGCAUGUUGACACACGAAGUGGCGUCUUAACCUUGUUGACGCCCUACCUAAACAUGGAUGCAUAUGAUAUUGUUGUAUAGCAUUUUUAACAUUGGGUGUUCUAUGUUUCGUUUAAUAAAUGACGGCUAUAUUGUUAAACAA